UACAAUUCGUUACAUUUAUGCUGAGUCCCACUGGUCUAUCAUCGGCUAUAUUUGGACCCGUAAUGCUUGACUUCAAAUAUAUUCUUAAUGUUUCCGUGGAAUCCAUAACACUCUGCAUGACUUUUGCAUUUGUGGGAUAUAUGAUGGGCACUUUGUGUAAUGCAUCUGUUCUGCAGUUUAUUCAAUUUGGUUACGGUUUUGGAACAAUUGUAUCACCGCUUAUACUCAGGCCAUAUCUCAGAGGAGAUGGACAGCAAAUAGUCCCACAAACACAUGCAUUGUUCAACACAUCAGUAUAUGAAUCAAUCAAUAAGUCCAACAAUACGACUGAUAUGAUAGACAACGAUCCGCCCAUUGCUCUCAUACUAAUGUAUUUAACAAAACCUUAUAAUAUGGAAGAAUUGAUGACUAAAGACACCAAAAACAUAACGGGAGAAGAAUUAAAUCCCCGACGUUUGGUUAUCAUUUUAUUCGCAGCACUUCUGUCGGCGUACACUCUCAUUGAGUUUACAUUAUUUGAUUUCGGGGCCACUUUUCUCCAGUACACAGAUAUUAAGCUAUCGGCCAAAAGUGCGGCAGAAAUUAUGUCCUCUGUGUCGUUGGCCUAUACAAUAGGCCGAGCUAUCAAUCUA